CUACUAGUCCCUAUAACUUCAUACAUCUCUUGUUCACAAAAGUUCAUCUUCACUAAAACAGUAUGAAGUUCAAUAUCAUCCUAAUCCUCAUUUCCUUCAUAUUUUGUUUCCAUGAAAAAGUUAUUUCAAAUCCUACUCCUCGUCCAUUUAAUGCUAUUUUCAACUUUGGCAACUCUUUAAGUGACACUGGCAAUUUCCUUGCCACUGGUGCCAAUUUAUUCACAGUCAUAGGUCAGCCUCCUUAUGGUGAAACCUUCUUUAGACAUGCAACUGGUCGUUGCUCAGAUGGACGACUAGUGAUUGAUUUCAUAGCUGUGGCAUACGAAUUACCAUAUUUGCAACCAUAUCUGAAAGUGAUCAAAAGUCAUCAAAUCAUCCGCAAAGGAGUAAAUUUUGCAGUCGCUGGAGCCACAGCUCUUGAUGUAGAAUUCUUCAACGAAGGAGUGAGAAAAUUGCUAUGGGCAAAUCAUUCAUUGAACAUUUAACUUGGCUGGUUCAAGAAGCUGAAACCUUCCUUGUGCACAACUAAACAAGAUUGUGAUAGCUACUUCAAAAGGCCACUCUUUGUGGUGGGAGAGAUAGGUGGUAAUGAUUAUAACUAUGCUGCCUUUGCUGGAGAUAUUACUCAUCUUCGAGACACCGUUCCUUUAGUUGUUCAAACAAUAGCAAAGGUCAUUGACGAAUUGAUCGCUGAAGGAGCAGUGGAGCUUUUGGUGCCAGGAAAUUUGCCUGUUGGAUGCUCUGUUGUGUACCUAACUUCGUUUAGCAGCAAGAACAUAAAGGACUAUGAUGAAAAUGGAUGUUUAAAAUCUUUCAAUGAUUUAGCAAAGAACCACAACAUGCAGCUCAAUAUUGCCUUACAGACACUAAGGAAGAAGAAUCCUCAUGCAAGAAUAAUGUAUGCUGACUAUUUUGGUGCAGCAAAGCGUUUCUUCCAUUCACCAAGACACUACGGGUUCACUAAUGGGGCUUUGAAUGCAUGCUGUGGUGGAGGUAGACGUUACAAUUUUAACGAUUCAGCAAGAUGCGGUUAUAAAGGUUCAAAAGUAUGUGAAGAUCCAUCUACAUAUACAAAUUGGGAUGGAAUUCACUUAACAGAAGCAGCUUAUAGACACAUUGCCAAAGGACUUAUUAACGGCCCUUUCUCUAUUCCACCACUCAAGCCUGCAUUCUUUAAGAUAGCCUAGCCUUUCCAAAUGUAAUUUUUGCAUUUUAUUGAAUUAAGAUAAAUUCAGAAGCUCAAGGCUGUUAACAAUAAAAUUGUGUAACUAACAUACAUCAACUUCUGAACAAACACCAUGCUUUCUGUGUAAUAGCAUAGUACAUGCAUUUGAGA